UGAUGUUUACGCGCCGAGGCCACGUGACUCCCCAUCGCGUUUCAACCAACGAAUGAACGUGUCGCCGUUGCCUGGUUGCCUGCCCACUUCAUAAAAUCACGCACAAUUCAGGUGGCUCAGCUGGUAAGCAUCGACUGUCGGUCAGUUGGGCAACAAUGGAUCUUUCUUCAUGACAAUCCCCUUUUUUCCAGACUGCCACGUCCGAUGAGGUUCAGUCUCGUCACUCUGCCACAAUGCUCAAAUACCCCAUGUAUAUAUAUGCGUCUAGCCUUCAUCCAUCAUAACUCAAUGCGGAUGAGGAGCUCCAUUCUACCCCUCAGCUAGACUAACUUCAUGGCCGAAAUUAUCUCACUCAUUGUUGCCACCGCUGAACUCUCCCACGGGAUCCUCAGAGCUUUGCACUCUCUUGCCUCCAUCCGACAUGUGGUCGAACGCAGCCUUUGGGAGGCUGAUAGGGUAGGGAUGUUUUUGAUCCAGUUGGUGGAUAUCUUGACCGAUCCUCGGCCGCGUUACAUGCCACAGAUGCUGCCCUGCGCACUUUGGAUUGCACAGGACUGCUCCUGGACAUAUACCAAACUCAGGGAUGUUGCCCACGCUAUGGCAGCGAGCCGAAUUAUGCGCCUCAGGCUGCAUAGGAAGCUGCGUCAGAUUCAGGCCGAACUGGAACACCAGAAGUCCAUUUUACAUUUCACCGUCACUAUGCUACCAGCUAUUGGAAAUCAACCAGGGAUCUACCGCAACGCAUACCCUGAUGUCGCUGUCGAGCUGGAUUCUACCAAUGUUGAGACUCUCAUCCACGAGGCAGAGAGUAGGGGAUCUGCUCGUCUACAACUAGAAGCAGAGGUUGACGGUGAGCCGGUGGAGAGAUCCAUCUCCAGCUCUCCCUCCGGAUCGGCAUCGGGAAUUGAGUCUGAAGACUCAAACCCAGAUAUCGACACCAGUCUUAUUCUACUCUCUACGGACAACAGAAUGAGCCCAGUUCCUUACCAGGACUCAAAUUCGCGCAACCAGGGCCAACAACCGAUGGCUGGAACAUCACCGGCCCCUACGCGUUCUGAGUGGAUGCAAGCGCUUGUAGCGUUCUUGGCUGCCAUUUGGAGAGAGCCUGCCGUGGUAAACCUCCUACAUGGUCCUUCCUCUCCCAUGGACAAUCGCAUGCGGCUUGAGAACCAGACUCAGCCUCCGCCCCUGCCUCCACGUCCCGGAGUGAAUUCUUUCCAGGAAGAUCCCGUGAAUUUCCACACUAUGGACCUGAUGACUUCAGUAGGCCACAGUGUUAUGUUGUUCCAUGGUGGCCAGUCGGGAAUUGAAGCCUACGGUUCAGCCAGCCGGCGGGAUUCCGUGAACCCUCCACUAACACACAGGCCACAGUCCCCCAUUACGCGCGGCCCUACCCCUGGGCAAGUGCGCGUACCCCCUACGAUUAUUGAGGAUCAUGAUUCAUUUUCCACUCCUUUUUCCAGUUCUGUUCCAAGGAAUGUCUUUCACCAAUCCUCACAGUCGCAGCUACCACCAUCUACUCGGGGCCGCGCCCACGGCAACAACUAUGCCGGGGACGCCCCUGACGCCGCCCCGAGGAGAAUUCUCUGGGAGACGCGACAAAAAAGGCGCAACCGAACGGAUUUUAAAUCCUACGUGGAUGACAGAUUAGUCUCGCGGAUGGAUUAUCCUUGGGAUGAUAUCGUGUUGAAAGAAGUGUGGACCAGCCUUCGACGUCGUGCGGUAGACUUGGAUGAGCUGCAGAGGUAUGGUUUCGAAUACCAAGCAGCGGGGAGAUAUGUGCAUGUCUUUGCGAAGCUGGACUGGGGCCAAGUUCGAAGGAUCUCUUUCACUGCAGGCCAGUGAUUGUAUGGCGCGGAUUGCAUACAUCACGUAUAGCCCUUGUAACCGGGUGUUGAUGACCGCCUUUUACGACUAAUGAACAGCAUCUUUGAAAGAUGAUCGGUGUUAUAUGACUUAUUCACGGUGGUAAUUUGUAUGAUUACUUUACUAAUUUUGGAGCUUGAUUACGACAGAGUAAGAAAUCUAGAGAGCUUUCUCGAUCGUGUGACAUGUAGGGCAACCUGUGGGGGGACUCGUCCUCACAGGCAAGACAAGACGAUACCAUCUGUAUCUGUGGUGGUAGCUCUCACAGCCUCAUUACAAUACACUUGAGAACUCGGAUAAAGAAAUCACAAUGCCCCCCGAAGAGAACGGAAAACUAACCCAUAUUGAGUAUCAACUAAUAAGAUCAGUUAUCAAAUUGUCUAGUUAGUUAGAACAGC